CUGCCUGUGAAAGUCAAAAAACGUGAGAUGACAAACAUGAUCAAUCAUUUAAACCGCUACAUGCUAUAGUGUAUAAAAAGGAAUAAUACCAAUGAUCUUUGGAUAAGUACUGACCAUGCACCCCCUAUUUGUAUUGACUCUGCUACUAUGUAUCAAGCAUGGUUAUUUUGAGUCCACACAGGUGCCAAGCUUGCGUUUAAAGCGAGAAACGACCAGUUCUGUACUUCCAUCUUGGUUGGAAAAUAUUGUGCGCGAUAGUGGAAAACGUUCUAAAGAUCAAGUAUUGAUGUUCAUCAAAAAUAUUGGCAUUCAAUUCAUUAGAAAAAAGAAGGAUGGUGAUAAUUCUAAAACCGAAGUUCCUUCCAUAAGAAACGACUCAAACACUACAAAGGAAUCUGUUAAUAAUUUUCUGACUCAAUUUAACAGUUUACAUUCAACACAAAACACUGACAUCGAAUCCGAUACUAAAGCUUUGAACACCGGGAACAACGAGAUAACAUUAGUUGCAAACAAGACGAAGAAAACAGCAAAAAAUCAGAAAUUAAUUGUGCAAAAUCAAAAUGAUUUUCUAACAGCGCAAGGAGAAAAUAUAAGUAAAUCGGCAACAAAAGGCAAACAACUCAUUGAUUCAAACGCAUAUGACGGUAAAAUCAGCAAGCCUAUGGUUGUGCCCAGUACACCUAAAACUAAGGACAGCGGUGUGGGCAAAGCCAACGCAAAAGCAAUUAAUAAAGAAAAGACAAUGGAGACAUUGCAAACUUCAACAAGUGUCAUCGUGGAAGAAAUACAAGACUUACAAACAGGAAUUGUGACUACACCAAAAAUCUUCAUAAGUACUCCUGACAGGCUGCCGCAAAAGAACUUUGGAAGGAAAAUCAAAAGUAUUUUUACUCGUUAGUCUCAUUAAUCUUGUUCCAUCAUUCUGCUUAUUCUUGAAUGAAAUCAUGUGUAUAAAUGUGCUCUUUUAUGCACUACAAAUUGUCAGCCACAUUUAUCAUUUGACCAUUCUGUAUUUUUCUCAAAUUUGAUGGUUUUUGGGUGGUAUGUGACACCUUUAUAUUGUGACGUACUUCCUAUCGAAAUAAACAAUGAAAUCUAGCAUAUUUUCAUAAAUGUUUUCAUUCCAGUAAUUGUUAAAUUGUAGCGCAAUGAUUUAGAGCGUUAAAUAUAUAUGAGUCUGUAAGUCAUAAGGGGCUGCCGUCAUAAGCUCGAAUCCCGCUGGGGCUUUUAUUAGU